AUGUCUACCCCUCCGCAUAAAAUUCGCACUCCUGAUUUUGAUCGCCUUUUACCACAAAGAUCCCUUAAUCCGGUCCAGGAUCUGCAAAUGCGGAUCGUAACCGAAGAAAGUUCCAAGAAGAGAAAAUUAUCGGUCAUCGAAGAGGAGGCACAGCAAGAGGAGGAAAAUCGACUUUACAGAGCAGUUGUGGGACAAGCAAUGUUACCGUUAAGAGAAACAACCGAUGAUAUCAUUCAUCGUUUGAAUUCAACUCCCACAAAGUCAUCCAAGAGAUUGUUGUCUUUUAGUACACCGACGAAGGAACGAACCUAUUUUUUUGAUUCGCCGGUUAAGAGUGAUUAUAAUUCGAGUCCGCUUCCGUUAGAAGCGCAGUUAAUUCUGACCAGUCCUCGCAAGCCGCCCAGAUACAUCAGCAGAACUCCAUACAAGGUGCUUGAUGCACCUGAUCUUCAGGAUGACUUUUACUUAAAUUUGGUGGAUUGGUCUUCCACAAAUGUUUUGGGUGUUGGAUUAGGUACUUGUGUCUAUCUUUGGAACGCGGUGACUUCAAGGGUUGUGAAGCUUUGCGAUAUGGCGAGUCCAGGAAGGGGUAAUAGCAAUACAGAGAAUGUUACAUCAGUUAGUUGGAUGCCAACGGGUUCUCACAUAGCCGUUGGGACAGCUCUAGGUCCUGUCGAAAUCUGGGAUGUUCAUGCAAGUAAACAAAUCAGAAAAAUGAAAGGACAUAUUCAACGAGUAGGUGCCUUAUCUUGGAACUCUUAUGUUGUUAGUUCUGGAGGGCGAGAUAGGAUGAUUUAUCAUAGGGAUAUCAGAUCCCAAAAUGACUUUACGACAAAGUUAUCUGGACAUAGACAAGAGGUUUGCGGACUCAAGUGGAAUCCAGAGGGAAAUCAACUUGCUAGCGGUGGGAAUGAUAAUAAGCUUUUGAUAUGGGACAGAGCGAAUGAUGUACCUGUUCAUAAAUUUCCUCAUCAUACGGCAGCUGUCAAAGCCAUUGCUUGGAGUCCACAUUCACAUGGUCUUUUGGCAAGUGGCGGUGGUUCCCAAGAUAAGCACAUUCGAUUUUGGAAUACUACAAUUGGUAAAUCCUUAGAAAGUUAUGACACCGAAUCUCAGGUAUGUAAUCUUGCGUGGUCUAGGCACGCAAAUGAGAUUGUUUCGACUCACGGGUACUCUCAGAACCAAAUAAUUCUCUGGAAAUAUCCCACGAUGGAACAAUUGGCUAUUUUAAAGGGACAUACUCUCCGCGUUCUUUACCUUUCUGUUUCACCUGAUGGUGAGAAUAUAGUUACUGGAGCUGGUGAUGAAACUUUACGCUUUUGGAAUGUAUUUAACAACGGAAAAAAAGAGAAGAAACGUAUGACUGCAUUUGAUAUUCGUUCACAAAUCCGUUAA